AUGACAACAACUGAAAGCACAACAUCAACAACAACAACCACAACUGAUAGCACCACUUCAACAACACCUGAAUCAACGACAACAACUGAAGGCACAACAUCAACAACGCCUGAAUCAACAACCACAACUGAAAGCAUCACUUCAACUACACCAGAAUCAACGACAACAACUGAAAGCAUCACUACAACAACACCUGAAUCAACAACCACAACUGAUAGCACCACUUCAACAACACCUGAAUCAACGACAACAACUGAAGGCACAACAUCAAUAACGCCUGAAUCAACAACCACAACUGAAAGCAUCACUUCAACUACACCAGAAUCAACGACAACAACUGAAAGCAUCACUACAACAACACCUGAAUCAACAACCACAACUGAAAGCAUCACUUCAACUACACCAGAAUCAACGACAACAACUGAAGGCAUCACUUCAACAUCAAUAGAAUCAACAACCACAACUGAAAGCAUCACUUCAACUACACCAGAAUCAACGACAACUGAAGGCAUCACUUCAACCACACCAGAUAUAACAACAACAACUGAUAGCACCACUUCAACAACACCUGAAUCAACGACAACAACUGAAGGCACAACAUCAACAACACCUGAAUCAACAACCACAACUGAAAGCAUCACUUCAACUACACCAGAAUCAACGACAACAACUGAAGGCACAACAUCAACAACACCUGAAUCAAUAACCACAACUGCAAGUAUCACUUCAACAACAUCUGAAUCAACGACAACUGAAGGCAUCACUUCAACCACACCAGAUAUAACAACAACAACUGAUAGCACCACUUCAACAACACCUGAGUCAACGACAACAACUGAAGGAACAACAUCAACAAUACCUGAAUCAACAACCACAACUGAAAGCAUCACUUCAACUACACCAGAAUCAACGACAACAACUGAAGGCAUCACUUCAACAACACAAGAAUCAACAACCACAACUGAAAGCAUCACUUCAACUACACCAGAAUCAACGACAACAACUGAAGGCAUCACUUCAACCACAACAAAAUCAACAACCACAACUGAAAGCAUCACUUCAACUAUACCUGAAUCAACGACCACAACUGAAGGCACAACAUCAACAACGCCUGAAUCAACAACCACAACUGAAAGCAUCACUUCAACUACACCAGAAUCAACGACAACAACUGAAAGCAUCACUACAACAACACCUGAAUCAACAACCAAGACUGAAAGCAUCACUUCAACAACACCAGAAUCAACGACAACAACUGAAGGUAUCACUUCUACCACAACAGAUUCAACAACCACAACUGAAAGCAUCACUUCAACAACAUCUGAAUCAACGACAACUGAAGGCAUCCAUUCAACAACAUCUGAAUCAACAACAACAACUGAAGGCAUCACUUCAACCACACCAGAAUCAACAACCACAACUGAAAGCAUCACUUCAACUACACCUGAAUCAACGACAACAACUGAAGGCAUCACUUCAACCACACCAGAUAUAACAACAACAACUGAUGGCACCACUUCAACAACACCUGAAUCAACGACAACAACUGAAGGCACAGCAUCAACAACACCAGAAUCAUCAACCACAACUGAAAGCAUCACUUCAACUACACCUGAAUCAACGACAACUGAAGGCACCACUACAACAACACCUGAAUCAACAACCACAACUGAUAGCACCACUUCAACAACACCUGAAUCAACGACAACAACUGAAGGCACAACAUCAAUAACGCCUGAAUCAACAACCACAACUGAAAGCAUCACUUCAACUACACCAGAAUCAACGACAACAACUGAAAGCAUCACUACAACAACACCUGAAUCAACAACCACAACUGAAAGUAUCACUUCAACAACAUCUGAAUCAACGACAACUGGAAGCAUCACUUCAACCACACCAGAUAUAACAACAACAACUGAUAGCACCACUUCAACAACACCUGAAUCAACGACAACAACUGAAGGCACAACAUCAACAACACCUGAAUCAACAACCACAACUGAAAGCAUCACUUCAACUACACCAGAAUCAACGACAACAACUGAAGGCAUCACUUCAACAACACCAGAAUCAACAACCACAACUGAAGGCAUCACUACAACAACCCCUGAAUCAACGACAACAACUGAAAGCAUCACUUCAACAACAACUGGAUCAACGACAACAACUGAAAGCAUCACUUCAACUACACCAGAAUCAACGACAACAACUGAAGGCACAACAUCAACAACACCAGAAUCAACAACCACAACUGAAAGCAUCACUACACCUGAAUCAACGACAACAACUGAAGGCACAACAUCAACAACACCUGAAUCAACAACCACAACUGAAAGCAUCGCUACAACAACCCCUGAAUCAACGACAACAACUGAAGGUAUCACUUCAACCACAACAGAAUCAACAACCACAACUGAAAGCAUCACUUCAACUACACCAGAAUCAACGACAACAACUGAAGGCAUCACUUCAACAACACCAGAAUCAACAACCACAACUGAAAGCAUCACUUCAACUACACCUGAAUCAACAACCACAACUGCAAGGAUCACUUCAACAACACCUGAAUCAACGACAACUGAAGGCAUCACUUCAACUACACCAGAAUCAACGACAACAACUGAAGGCAUCACUUCAACAACACCAGAAUCAACAACCACAACUGAAAGCAUCACUUCAACUACACCUGAAUCAACGACAACAACUGAAGGCACAACAUCAACAACGCCUGAAUCAACAACCACAACUGAAAGCAUCACUUCAACAACACCUGAAUCAACGAAAACAACUGAAAUUAUCACUUCAACCACAACAGAAUCAACAACCACAACUGAAAGCAUCACUUCAACUACACCUGAAUCAACGACAACUACUGAAGGCACAACAUCAACAACGCCUGAAUCAACAACCACAACUGAAAGCAUCACUUCAACAACAUCUGAAUCAACGACAACUGAAGGCAUCACAUCAACUACACCAGAAUCAACGACAACAACUGAAGGCACAACAUCAACAACGCCUGAAUCAACAACCACAACUGAAAGCAUCACUUCAACUACACCAGAAUCACCGACAACAGCUGAAGUAAUCACUUCAACUACACCUGAAUCAACGAAAACAACUGCAGGCAUCACUUCAACUACACCAGAAUCAACAACCACAACUGAAAGCAUCACUUCAACUACACCUGAAUCAACAACCACAACUGAUAGCACCACUUCAACAACACCUGAAUCAACAACCACAACUGAAAGCAUCACUACAACAACACCUGAAUCAACAACCACAACUGAAAGCAUCACCACAACAACACCUGAAUCAACAACCACAACUGAUAGCACCACUUCAACAACACCUGAAUCAACGACAACUGAAGGCAUCACAUCAACUACACCUGAAUCAACGACAACAACUGAAGGCACAACAUCAACAACGCCUGAAUCAACAACCACAACUGAAAGCAUCACUUCAACAACAUCUGAAUCAACGACAACUGAAGGCAUCACAUCAACUACACCUGAAUCAACGACAACAACUGAAGGCACAACAUCAACAACGCCUGAAUCAACAACCACAACUGAAGGCACAACAUCAACAACGCCUGAAUCAACAACCACAACUGAAAGCAUCACUUCAACUACACCAGAAUCAACGACAACAACUGAAAGCAUCACUACAACAACACCUGAAUCAACAACCAAGACUGAAAGCAUCACUUCAACAACACCAGAAUCAACGACAACAACUGAAGGUAUCACUUCUACCACAACAGAUUCAACAACCACAACUGAAAGCAUCACUACAACAACACCUGAAUCAACAACCACAACUGAAAGCAUCACCACAACAACACCUGAAUCAACAACCACAACUGAUAGCACCACUUCAACAACACCUGAAUCAACGACAACUGAAGGCAUCACAUCAACUACACCUGAAUCAACGACAACAACUGAAGGCACAACAUCAACAACGCCUGAAUCAACAACCACAACUGAAAGCAUCACUUCAACAACAUCUGAAUCAACGACAACUGAAGGCAUCACAUCAACUACACCUGAAUCAACGACAACAACUGAAGGCACAACAUCAACAACGCCUGAAUCAACGACCACAACUGAAGGCACAACAUCAACAACGCCUGAAUCAACAACCACAACUGAAAGCAUCACUUCAACUACACCAGAAUCAACGACAACAACUGAAAGCAUCACUACAACAACACCUGAAUCAACAACCAAGACUGAAAGCAUCACUUCAACAACACCAGAAUCAACGACAACAACUGAAGGUAUCACUUCUACCACAACAGAUUCAACAACCACAACUGAAAGCAUCACUUCAACAACAUCUGAAUCAACGACAACUGAAGGCAUCCAUUCAACAACAUCUGAAUCAACAACAACAACUGAAGGCAUCACUUCAACCACACCAGAAUCAACAACCACAACUGAAAGCAUCACUUCAACUACACCUGAAUCAACGACAACAACUGAAGGCAUCACUUCAACCACACCAGAUAUAACAACAACAACUGAUGGCACCACUUCAACAACACCUGAAUCAACGACAACAACUGAAGGCACAGCAUCAACAACACCAGAAUCAUCAACCACAACUGAAAGCAUCACUUCAACUACACCUGAAUCAACGACAACUGAAGGCACCACUACAACAACACCUGAAUCAACAACCACAACUGAUAGCACCACUUCAACAACACCUGAAUCAACGACAACAACUGAAGGCACAACAUCAAUAACGCCUGAAUCAACAACCACAACUGAAAGCAUCACUUCAACUACACCAGAAUCAACGACAACAACUGAAAGCAUCACUACAACAACACCUGAAUCAACAACCACAACUGAAAGUAUCACUUCAACAACAUCUGAAUCAACGACAACUGGAAGCAUCACUUCAACCACACCAGAUAUAACAACAACAACUGAUAGCACCACUUCAACAACACCUGAAUCAACGACAACAACUGAAGGCACAACAUCAACAACACCUGAAUCAACAACCACAACUGAAAGCAUCACUUCAACUACACCAGAAUCAACGACAACAACUGAAGGCAUCACUUCAACAACACCAGAAUCAACAACCACAACUGAAGGCAUCACUACAACAACCCCUGAAUCAACGACAACAACUGAAAGCAUCACUUCAACAACAACUGGAUCAACGACAACAACUGAAAGCAUCACUUCAACUACACCAGAAUCAACGACAACAACUGAAGGCACAACAUCAACAACACCAGAAUCAACAACCACAACUGAAAGCAUCACUACACCUGAAUCAACGACAACAACUGAAGGCACAACAUCAACAACACCUGAAUCAACAACCACAACUGAAAGCAUCGCUACAACAACCCCUGAAUCAACGACAACAACUGAAGGUAUCACUUCAACCACAACAGAAUCAACAACCACAACUGAAAGCAUCACUUCAACUACACCAGAAUCAACGACAACAACUGAAGGCAUCACUUCAACAACACCAGAAUCAACAACCACAACUGAAAGCAUCACUUCAACUACACCUGAAUCAACAACCACAACUGCAAGGAUCACUUCAACAACACCUGAAUCAACGACAACUGAAGGCAUCACUUCAACUACACCAGAAUCAACGACAACAACUGAAGGCAUCACUUCAACAACACCAGAAUCAACAACCACAACUGAAAGCAUCACUUCAACUACACCUGAAUCAACGACAACAACUGAAGGCACAACAUCAACAACGCCUGAAUCAACAACCACAACUGAAAGCAUCACUUCAACAACACCUGAAUCAACGAAAACAACUGAAAUUAUCACUUCAACCACAACAGAAUCAACAACCACAACUGAAAGCAUCACUUCAACUACACCUGAAUCAACGACAACUACUGAAGGCACAACAUCAACAACGCCUGAAUCAACAACCACAACUGAAAGCAUCACUUCAACAACAUCUGAAUCAACGACAACUGAAGGCAUCACAUCAACUACACCAGAAUCAACGACAACAACUGAAGGCACAACAUCAACAACGCCUGAAUCAACAACCACAACUGAAAGCAUCACUUCAACUACACCAGAAUCACCGACAACAGCUGAAGUAAUCACUUCAACUACACCUGAAUCAACGAAAACAACUGCAGGCAUCACUUCAACUACACCAGAAUCAACAACCACAACUGAAAGCAUCACUUCAACUACACCUGAAUCAACAACCACAACUGAUAGCACCACUUCAACAACACCUGAAUCAACAACCACAACUGAAAGCAUCACUACAACAACACCUGAAUCAACAACCACAACUGAAAGCAUCACCACAACAACACCUGAAUCAACAACCACAACUGAUAGCACCACUUCAACAACACCUGAAUCAACGACAACUGAAGGCAUCACAUCAACUACACCUGAAUCAACGACAACAACUGAAGGCACAACAUCAACAACGCCUGAAUCAACAACCACAACUGAAAGCAUCACUUCAACAACAUCUGAAUCAACGACAACUGAAGGCAUCACAUCAACUACACCUGAAUCAACGACAACAACUGAAGGCACAACAUCAACAACGCCUGAAUCAACAACCACAACUGAAAGCAUCACUUCAACAACAUCUGAAUCAACGACAACUGAAGGCAUCACAUCAACUACACCAGAAUCAACGACAACAACUGAAGGCAUCACUUCAACAACACCAGAAUCAACAACCACAACUGAAAGCAUCACUUCAACUACACCUGAAUCAACGACAACAACUGAAGGCACAACAUCAACAACGCCUGAAUCAACAACCACAACUGAAAGCAUCACUUCAACAACACCUGAAUCAACGACAACAACUGAAAUUAUCACUUCAACCACAACAGAAUCAACAACCACAACUGAAAGCAUCACUUCAACUACACCUGAAUCAACGACAACUACUGAAGGCACAACAUCAACAACGCCUGAAUCAACAACCACAACUGAAAGCAUCACUUCAACAACAUCUGAAUCAACGACAACUGAAGGCAUCACAUCAACUACACCAGAAUCAACGACAACAACUGAAGGCACAACAUCAACAACGCCUGAAUCAACAACCACAACUGGAAGCAUCACUUCAACUACACCAGAAUCACCGACAACCGCUGAAGUAAUCACUUCAACUACACCUGAAUCAACGAAAACAACUGAAGGCAUCACUUCAACUACACCAGAAUCAACAACCACAACUGAAAGCAUCACUACAACAACACCUGAAUCAACAAUCACAACUGAAAGCAUCACCACAACAACACCUGAAUCAACAACCACAACUGAUAGCACCACUUUAACAACACCUGAAUCAACGACAACAACUGAAGGCACCACUUCAACUACACCUGAAUCAACGACAACAACUGAAAGCAUCACUACAACAACACCAGAAUCAACAACCACAACUGAAAGUAUCACUUCAACAACAUCUGAAUCAACGACAACUGAAGGAAUCACCUCAACCACAGCAGAUAUAACAACAACAACUGAUAGCAUCACUUCAACAACACCUGAAUCAACGACAACAAUUGAAGGCACAACAUCAACAACACCUGAAUCAACAACCACAACUGAAAGCAUCACUUCAACUACACCAGAAUCAUCGACAACAACUGAAAGCAUCACUACAACAACACCUGAAUCAACAACCACAACUGAAAGCAUCACUUCAACAAUAUCUGAAUCAACGACAACAUAAGGCAUCACUUCAACUACACCAGAUAUAACAACAACAACAACUGAUAGCACCACUUCAACAACACCUGAAUCAACGACAACUGAAGGCACAACAUCAACAACACCUGAAUCAACAACCACGACUGAAAGCAUCACUUCAACAACAUCUGAAUCAACGACAACUGAAGGCAUCACAUCAACUACACCAGAAUCAACGACAAAAACUGAAGGCACAACAUCAACAACACCUGAAUCAACAACCACAACUGAAAGCAUCACUUCAACAACAUAUGAAUCAACGACAACUGAAGGAAUCACUUCAACCACACCUGAAUCAACGACAACAACUGAAGCAAUCACUUCAACAAGAUCUGAAUCAACGACAACAACUGAAGGAAUCACUUCAACAACAUCUGAAUCAACAACCACAACUGAAAGUAUCACUUCAACAACAUCUGAAUCAACGACAACUGAAGGCAUCACUUCAACCACUCCAGAUAUAACAACAACAACUGAUAGCACCACUGCAACAACACCUGAAUCAACGACAACUGAAGGCACAACAUCAACAACACCUGAAUCAACAACCACGACUGAAAGCAUCACUUCAACAACAUCUGAAUCAACGACAACUGAAGGCAUCACUUCAACUACACCAGAAUCAACGACAACAACUGAAGGCACAACAUCAACAACACCUGAAUCAACAACCACAACUGAAAGCAUCACUUCAACGACACCUGAAUCAACGACAACAACUGAAGGCACAACAUCAACAACGCCUGAAUCAACAACCACAACUGAUAGCACCACUUCAACAACACCUGAAUCAACGACAACAACUGAAGGCACAACAUCAACAACGCCUGAAUCAACACCCACAACUGAAAGCAUCACUUCAACUACACCAUUAUCAACGACAACAACUGAAAGCAUCAAUACAACAACACCUGAAUCAACAACCACAACUGGAAGUAUCACUUCAACAACACCUGAAUCAACGACAACUGAAGGCACAACAUCAACAACACCUGAAUCAACAACCACGACUGAAAGCAUCACUUCAACAACAUCUGAAUCAACGACAACUGAAGGCAUCACAUCAACUACACCAGAAUCAACGACAACAACUGAAGCAAUCACUUCAACAAGAUCUGAAUCAACGACAACAUUUGAAGGAAUCACUUCAACAACAUCUGAAUCAACAACCACAACUGAAAGCAUCACUUCAACAAUACCUGAAUCAACGACAACAUAAGGCAUCACUUCAACUACACCAGAUAUAACAACAACAACAACUGAUAGCACCACUUCAACAACACCUGAAUCAACGACAACUGAAGGCACAACAUCAACAACACCUGAAUCAACAACCACGACUGAAAGCAUCACUUCAACAACAUCUGAAUCAACGACAACUGAAGGCAUCACUUCAACCACACCAGAUAUAACAACAACAACUGAUAGCACCACUUCAACAACACCUGAAUCAACAACCACAACUGAAAGCAUCACUUCAACUACACCAGAAUCAACGACAACAACUGAACGCAUCACUUCAACAACACCAGAAUCAACGACAACAACUGAAGGUAUCACUUUAACCACAACAGAAUCAACAACCACAACUGAAAGCAUCACUUCAACUACACCUGAAUCAACAACCACAACUGAAAGCAUCACUUCAACUACACCAGAAUCAACGACAACAACUGAAGGCACAACAUUAACAACACCUGAAUCAACAACCACAACUGCAAGUAUCACUUCAACAACAUCUGAAUCAACGACAACUGAAGGCAUCACUUCAACCACACCAGAUAUAACAACAACAACUGAUAGCACAACUUCAACAACACCUGAAUCAACGACAACAACUGAAGGCACAACAUCAACAACACCUGAAUCAACAACCACAACUGAAAGCAUCACUUCAACUACACCAGAAUCAACGACAACAACUGAAGGCAUCACUUCAACAACACCAGAAUCAACAACCACAACUGAAAGUAUCACUUCAACAACAUCUGAAUCAACGACAACUGAAGGAAUCACCUCAACCACAGCAGAUAUAACAACAACAACUGAUAGCAUCACUUCAACAACACCUGAAUCAACGACAACAAUUGAAGGCACAACAUCAACAACACCUGAAUCAACAACCACAACUGAAAGCAUCACUUCAACUACACCAGAAUCAUCGACAACAACUGAAAGCAUCACUACAACAACACCUGAAUCAACAACCACAACUAAAAGCAUCACUUCAACAACAUAUGAAUCAACGACAACUGAAGGAAUCACUUCAACCACACCUGAAUCAACGACAACAACUGAAGAAAUCACUUCAACAAGAUCUGAAUCAACGACAACAACUGAAGGAAUCACUUCAACAACAUCUGAAUCAACAACCACAACUGAAAGCAUCACUUCAACAAUAUCUGAAUCAACGACAACAUAAGGCAUCACUUCAACUACACCAGAUAUAACAACAACUGAUAGCAUCGCUUCAACAACACCUGAAUCAACGACAACAACUGAAGGCACAACAUCAACAAUACCUGAAUCAACAACCACAACUGAAAGCAUCACUUCAACUACACCAGAAUCAUCGACAACAACUGAAGGAAUCACUUCAACAACACCAGAAUCAACAACCACAACUGAAAGCAUCAUUUCAACAACAUCUGAAACAACGACAAUAGAAGGCAUCACUUCAACCACACCUGAAUCAACGACAACAACUGAAAGCAUCACUUCAACAACAUCUGAAUCAACUACAACAACUGAAGGCACAACAUCAACAACACCUGAAUCAACAACCACAACUGAAAGCAUCACUUCAACUACAACAGAAUCAUCGACAACAACUGAAGGAAUCACUUCAACAACACCAGAAUCAACGACAACAACUGAAAGCAUCACUACAACAACACCUGAAUCAACAACCACAACUGAAAGUAUCACUUCAACAACAUCUGAAUCAACGACAACUGGAAGCAUCACUUCAACCACACCAGAUAUAACAACAACAACUGAUAGCACC